CACAUGUGUGUUUGACGUCAGAAACUUAGGAGGGGCUCCACCGUGGAGCUGGUUGCUGUUUGUGGUGCUGAAACAACGCCUGUAUUGUGUUGCCAUUUAGCGAUUUUGUUUGUUUUUCCGCUCCUGCGUUUCUCCCGUGCUUUCUUCCUCAAACAUGCAUCUUUAGUCCGAGUCUCGUCCGAGCAGCUCACACCUGAGUUGGCGUUAAAGCAGCGAAAGUGCGAUGGAUUAGUAGUCCUGUAUAGGCAGGAGCGGGUAUGGAUUCGCUGUGGUGUCCCAUCCUCUUCGCUGCAUUGGCUGUCAGCCUCUGCUCCUCACCUGCCCUCGCUGACAGAAAAUAUGGUUGCCUUUUUGAAGAUGAGCUCUGUACACCGUAUGAAUUCUGCGUCAAUGAUGGAGUAUUUGGAAGGUGCCAGGAGUUGGCCGGUGCAGACCUGUACACAUACGAUAUUUCUUCCUCUGCUCUGCAACGCCUCAGGAUCCUCCUACAGAAACUGGCCCGCAGAGGUUUGACAUGGCAGGACAACAUCACUCAGCAGGUCAUCUCUAGAGAGCUGUCCAAACUGAGGAUCAUCCCUCUCCGCCAUCAGGCCACACCCUCAAGCCCCCUGACAUCCUACCGGAGCUCCAGAGACAGGAAACUGAGGCCUGCGCAGGCAGAGCUGAGCAGAAACCUUCAGCAGUACCUGACGGGCCUGGGCUUCCUGCCGCAGUCUGAGGUCAAUGGACAACCAGGAAUCCAACAAGAGGGUGCCAACAUUCAGAAUGAAGACAUCAAGUCUGAUGGUCAUUUGGAGUCAAAACCCCAGCAGGGCUGGAAGGAGACCACUCUCUACAGCCUUCAUAAAGGAGACGGCCAGCCUCCAGUCACCAAAGUCUUCACCCAGAGUGGAGAGGGCAGACACCCCAAGCUCAGUACAACGUACUCUAACCGGGACCCAGGAAGGAGCAAACUGCUAGCCAGCCAGCUGGAACGCCUUCUUGCCGAGGUACGAAGCACUCAGCAGGGCGCCCCAGGUGGAAAGGCUGCGUGGCCCAAAGGAAAGCUCCACUACCUCAGCUUUAUCCGGCCAGCUCCGAGUUACCACGCAGAGCCGCAGUCUCAGGUGGCUUUUGGCUCCAAAACCCAACGGCCUAAUCUAGAUAGACUUCUGCUCAAGGCCGGAUCAAACCGAAUGACCGCCAAAGAGCCUCUUAGUGUCGUGGAUGAGCGAUUCAUCCAGAAUAUGGUGAACCAGCUGGGAAGGCACAGCAUCGACAUGGAGGCUUUGAUGGGCAAAGACCUGGACCAGCUGGCUGAGGUCAUCACAGGAACUCUGCAGGAGGUGGAUGAGAAGCGGCCUGUGGUUGGGGCACAGCCAGGACCAGGAGCCGCUGACUCCAGGGAGGACAAGGAGGCCAACAGGGAGCCACUGGCAGCCAUGCAACUGAAUCAAGACCAGGACCUGAAAUCAGACAAAGGGCAGGAAAUAAACCAGAAGGACAUACUGAGAAUGAAACAGCAAGGCCAACAAAUAGACGGUGCAGACAAAGAGCCUGUUGACAAGCAUGCAGCGUUCUUCUCCAAGCUGCUGGAUUACCUCAACCUGGAGCCCUUCGGUGAUGCUCCACAGGUCAACAUUGAGUCACCAGCUCCCCUCCAGAAAAUGGUCGGGCUGGAGAGUGUCCAAAGCCGGACGACACAGGGCCAAGUUCCUGUACCCCACCGCUGGGAGGAGAAGACCAUGGCCGUGCCUGCGAAGGAAGGCUCUACCCUGCGUUUAACCGGUGGUGCAGUGGCGCCUGAUGCUCAGGUGGACUCAGAGAUCCAGAAGUGGAUGCAGGGGCAUCAGGCCCCAGCAGGGAAAAAGCAGCUGGAGGAGCCGCAGAAGAAGGACAUGAGAGUCAAAACUCAGCUGGUCCAUGUGGGGGUGAAGGAGUUUUCCAGCAGAGGGAAGGACAGACACUUUGGCUACAUUAUCACCGGCUCAGACUCCCUCACCACUGACCAGGGCUCGGACCUGAUGGAGCGGCUGGCGCAGAGGCUGAACCUCCACGCCGCAGACCUCACUCAGCUCUCUGUCUUGGGUCCAGCAUUGACUUUCAGAAUUGGCCCCAACCCCAAGAACGUGACCACUGCAGAUCUGGUUCAAGUUGCAGUUCAACAGAAGCAGCAGCUGGAGAAGGAGACAGGCCUGAAGAUAGUGGAGGCCGGAGUUAGUGAUAGGGGCAGCCUGACCCAGAUCCCCGUGGUGAAGGAGACCAGGGUGGAGUCAGGACAGUUCCUGCUGCUCUCCGUCCUCUGCAUGCUCUUCAUCCUGGUGGCGCUGGCAGUGUCCACCACUUUCUUCUGCGUGCGCCAGCGCUCCCACCUCCGCAUGAAGGAAAAGCUGGCCAGCCUGGGGACUGACACCAGUACUGAUGCCACCGCAACCUAUCAGGAGCUUUGUCGCCAGCGUAUGGCAAUCCGGACGUCGGAGCGUGUCGAGCGACCUGAGACCCUGCGCCACUCGCGGCUCAAUAGCGUCUCAUCCCAGUUCAGCGAUGGUCCUGCAGCCAGCCCGUCCACCCGCAGCAGCACCUCCUCCUGGUGCGAAGAGCCAGUGCCGUCCAACAUGGACAUCUCCACUGGUCACAUGAUACUGUCAUACAUGGAGGACCACUUGAAGAACAAGAACCGUCUGGAGCGUGAGUGGGAGGCCCUGUGCUCCUACCAGGCAGAGCCCAGCACCUGCAGUGUGGGGCAGGGAGAGCAGAACUCCAAGAGGAACCGCUCAGACGCUGUGGUCGUAUACGAUCAUUCCAGGAUCACCUUGAAAGCAGAGAAUAACCACAGCAACUCAGAUUACAUCAAUGCAAGUCCAAUAAUGGACCAUGACCCUCGCAACCCUACUUACAUCUCCUCGCAGGGCCCACUUCCUUCCACCGUGACGGACUUCUGGCAGAUGGUGUGGGAGAGUGGCUGCGUUGUCAUCGUCAUGUUGACCCCGCUUUCUGAAAAUGGAGUGAAGCAGUGUCAUCACUACUGGCCUGACGAAGGCUCUGAUGUCUACCACAUCUAUGAGGUCAACUUGGUGUCAGAGCACAUCUGGUGUGAGGACUUCUUGGUGCGGAGCUUCUACCUGAAGAACCUACAGACCAACGAGACACGCACAGUCACCCAGUUCCACUUCCUGUCCUGGAUGGACCGCGGGAUCCCCAACUCGGCCAGGACCCUGUUAGACUUCCGCAGAAAGGUUAACAAGUGCUACAGGGGUCGAUCUUGCCCGAUAAUUGUUCACUGCAGUGACGGAGCUGGCAGGAGUGGGACUUACAUUCUGAUUGACAUGGUCCUCAAUAGGAUGGCUAAAGGUGCUAAAGAGAUUGAUAUUGCCGCUACCCUGGAGCACUUGAGAGACCAGAGAGCUGGCAUGGUCCAGACAAAGGAGCAGUUUGAGUUUGCGCUGACAGCCGUGGCAGAGGAGGUGAACGCCAUCCUGAAAGCGCUUCCUCAGUGAAGGCAUCGCAUCCCCCACCUUCUUCUCGCUCGCUGAGCACCAGUUUCCUCUGCCCACUCAAGACUGACAUCUCUCUCUGCCCUUCCUUCUCCUCGCUCUGUUUCUCUCUUCUGUCUCUUCCUCCUCUUCACCUCUAUAUAUACUGUAUACUUAUGAAUGUUGUGCCAGAAAUCUCACCUGGAUCCAUAUUCGCAAAAUUUUGCCUCAGAGUGCAACUGGUGAUCUGGGAUCAGAGUUGUUUUAGCGAUUCGGGAGCGUGUGUGGACUAGUGGGGCCUGAUCUGAUGUGGGAACAGCUGUCUUACUGUGAGACUUUUUUGUCAAUAUGAACCCCGGUCCUCUAUAACUGUGAUGUUGUUCCUGAACAUACCGUUCUAGUGCCACUGACGAGGUGUUUACGUGAUGUCAAGUGAAGAUUUUUGUUCCAAAAUCAGCUAUCUGCCAUCGAAAAAACUGAUAAAGACAGAGAAAAUGACUAUUGGCACAUUUAAAACAAACUAUAGUAGGGCUGCAACUAACGAUUAUUUUAAUUAUCGAUUAAUCGUGUAAAAAAUGGCAUUUAUAAUUUCUCAGAGGUCACGGUAUUGUCUUCAGUUUGCUUAUUUUUCUGACUAACAGCCUAAAAUCUUAAGAUAUUCAAUUUACUGUAAUAUAUGACAAAAACAACCCAGCAAAUUGCCACAUUUGAGAAGCUGGAACCAGAGAAUGUUUGGCAUUUUUGCUUGAAAAAAUGACAAAAACAAUGAAUUAAUGGUUGAAUUACAUCUUGUGCAGGUCAACUAAUCGAUUACUCGACUAAUCAUUGCAGCUCUCCACUAUAGUCGUUUUUAGAAUAAUAAUAUGUAAAGUAAAUAAAGUUCUUGCCUGUAAAAAUCAUAAUAUUGUACAAAUUAUAUCCCCUAAGUGAAUUGAUGUAUUGAAUACAUAUAGCAUUUUGGAAAUAAAACUCCUCACAUGUUUCUUCUCCUCUGUGAUCUGAACCAACCACUAUAUAUAUAUACUCAGCAUCACAUGUUGAAGUGUGUGUGUAUUGUUGUAUUUUGGGUCCAGACAUCUCACUCUUGUAUUAAACCGCAGAUGCUCUGAUUCUUCAAAAAGCCUCACAGGUCAUAUUCUUGCAACAUAUCAGGUGUUUUUUAUUCCUCAUUGCAUUGAACUCACAUUUUACACCAUGAAUUGUUUGUAACAUGAACAUCUCUGUUAAUAUUAAAUGUAAUAGAAAUAUACCAAGUGAGAUAGUUCCUAUAUCGAUAGUAACAAUAGGAUAUAUUCAAGUAGAACUUAUAUUGGGAUUGUUGCUAAAUUUGUUUGUCGCACCAUCACUGGUAUAAUGUAAUAUUUUGUGCAACAUGACAGAUUAUUCCCUCAAUGUAGAGAUAAUGAAUGACUUUAUGAAUCCCUAUAUAGUGCUAUCUGAAAUGUAUACUGAGAGCCUAAAUGAGAACUAUAUAUUUUGUGUGAAAAGUAACAUUCAGGUUGAUAAUAAAUCAGUACAGAUUAUA